AUGGCUUCCUCACAUAUGUCUACGGUUAUGAGCCUGACCAGCGACGUCAAGUCGGGGUCUAUCAAGGCUUGCGACAAGGCUGUAGACGGAAUCGGACUGUUAAUCUGUGACAAGAGCUAUCAUCAAAUAUUCGAGGCCCUUUUUAAUGUUGUGAUACGCGACAGGCCCGCCUUGUAUGACAAAAGCAAGAAAGAGUCUGCUCGCAAGCUAGCCGCUGCCCGCCUGACCAAGUGCGCUUCGGCCAUCCGCAUGACCGCUGCCAGAGGCGCCCCCCGACUAGGACGCAAAACCCUGUUAGCUCUUAUAGACCAUAUCACGCAAAUUUUACCGGACCCAGAUGGUGAUUUUGUUGCACCCCUGAUACAAGAUUAUGUCAAGGCCUUGUCGGAGGUGCUCUCACGCCAGCCGCAUGUUGAGUUCCUGGCCAGGCAAGAUGCAAAACCCUGGGAAGCUUGCGUCGACUUUCUACUUGAUAUAGCCGCCUACAUUAUCCCCAGUGAAGCUCACAGUAGCUUGAUAUCUGUGGCACGCCCCUCUCCUGCUCCAGAUGCCUCGACACCACGCUCCACCAUUCGAUCUAAUAACUCGAAUCAAAGCCAAAAACGAGCAGGCCUUGCUGAGGGUGAGCCGCUCAGAGAUGCUCUCGAAGGUCUCCAGCAUUUGAGUCAAGCAUCAAAUGCACCCAUAGGACGGCGAGGGAGAAACGUUACGGAACUAGCCCUUCGCGUCCUUGACAUGAAGCACCUUAGUCUUGGAUCUAUGCAAGCAAUGUGUUUCUCAAUUUGCAAUACAGUAUUUGUACGGACCCAAGCUGAAGAUCUUGAAUACGCACUUUCUUUGGUGAAGAAGCUUCUACCAUUGAUGAGCUAUUGGUGGAGGGCCGAGAAGGUCUCCCAAGACGAGCUCAUAAAGGGGUUGCGAAAUGAGAUUUCCAAGACAAUAUAUCUGGCACAUCCACAUAUUGAGCAUAUAUCCAACGAAUGGAAUGAAGAGAUUCGAAAUGAUAUCGAGAAUCUUGUGGAUCCCUUAUGGCAGGAAUACUCCAAAAGAGGUGAACCGUUCCGGCUCCAGCUGCACGAUCUUACUUUCAACCAGUGGACCCUGCCAAGUGGCACUAUGCACUUGAACUUGUUCGGAAUACGCAACCAUAAUUCCGAAGGGGAAAGCCACUGGGCACUUGUGCAGAACCUUUCCUUCCUAGAGAGUAUUCUCUUGAAGCGCGGCGGCAUUUCCGCAAGGGAUACUGCGGAUAACGGCGAGCAACCACGAAAGCGACAACGCACUCGAGAAUGCCUGAGCCGACUUAGACUAAAACUUAGAUCAAGAGACGUUGGGACUCAGAGAACUGCGCUUCAGUUAUUGCCUUUUCUGGUCGAAGGUUUCGGCAUUGCAGGCGAAGAUCUCACCUCGAUCCUAGACGAUCUAGUCGCAUGUGUUUCCAACAAAGAUCAAAUUACAGCAUCAUGGGCCUUGGUCGCAUCAGCCAGUUGUACUUCGUUGCCUCGGACGAAUGAAUCGGAUGGAGACCAAUGGAAACAGCUCUGGCAUUUGGCUGUGAGAUCGGAUAUCGACGGUAUCGUCACAACAGCUGAUGUAAAUGGGCCUGGCCUGGUUUGUGAUACCUCACUUGCCCUAAUGCUUCAUCUCUUACAUGCUCGUAAUGCACGAUUGCCCAGUGCGAGUCAGGCAACAUCUAAUCAUAUAAUAAGAUGGGUAUUUCUGAAAUGGAAUCCAAACGAAUCAGCCUUUGCAUCCUCCGUCUCGGUUCUCAUUCAGCCUCUAGAACUCGUUAACCUGCUUCGACGUAGAGAAUCAAGCUACAGCAUUCAGCCAUGCAUCUACCGUUCAGACUCCGGUCGACAGCUUCAGCCUGCAGCAGAUCCGCACAGUUUCUACCCGUCCAAGAAGCUUGCUUUUGAGCUUUUUUCUCCGAAAUUUGAUGAUUUGGUCGAACUGUGCAAUACGUGGUUGAAGAAGCCCAGCGAUGGUGGGACUCAGAUUUCUUUAGAUCGAUUCCAGAGCUUAUUAUCUGCCUGCAUCGUUGGGUCGCUUCUGCUCCCCCAGUUUGCCGACUUGAACACGCCUCAAUCAGCCUCAAUUGAAUCCAACCUUGUUGAUCUAGUGGAGCGAAGCCUGGUAGUCGCGUUAGACUCUGUCGAACCGGAGGCCUUUGUGGAGGCCACCUUGCGAGUGUCUAGCACAAGUGUUGGUAUAAGCUUGGGUCUGAUGGAUCUCGACGACGAAUUUGACUCGCAGAGCAGCAGGGCCACGUCUGCUUCGAACCCUAUGCCUGUACCGAGGCAAAAUGCUCAGUUAUCUACAAGCCCUCGAGUAUUCCAUGUGGAGACAAGAAUGCGACUAGGGCUGCUUCGUGCCAUCCAUGAUGACUCAAGUCAGAAUGAUCUGCUUCCCGAAGUGUGGAUUGACGAUUUGCUGCUGAUGUCUGACGAUGACCUGUUGUGUUGUCAGGCUCUACUAUUGGAAAUUUCCAACUCUGAUUUGGUUGUGGGCUCAGAGAGCGCAUACAAUAUCAUACAAAGAUUAGGAUCAAUUAUCUCUACGUCUGACUACCAAUGCUGCGAGGUGGCGCUUACGACGUGCAUAGAUGUCCUUGAUGGACUGCAUAAUAUCUGGCUGAAUGAUAAUCAAGAUCUCGCGGAGGGCGUCGGUGAUUUAUACAACUAUUUUAUCAAGGUGUGCCUACCUUCUAAUUUCUUCUCUGCCAAGGCUCAAAUGUCAAUGGCGCGUUUGCUUUUCUCAUUGCUCAGCGCAAACCCGGGGUACGGCACCAACUUAGGUCUGGCUUCAUGUCGUACGUCAUUACUCAACAUUCUUAGCACUGGUUCGAUGCAAGUGAAGUGCUUCGUGGCUGACAGAAUUGCUGGAAUAUUUGAUUUGUUUAUAUUGAUGCUCCAUGAUGAAAUAUUUGUCGAUGUUCUCGCAAGCUUGCCAACCAAUCCUGCAGACACGUCCGGUAUUGCCUUCAGGCUUCUUGCUUUAUCCAAGUUGGCCUGUAGAUGGCCAACUCUACUGCGGCGAUGCAUAUAUCACAUAUUCGAGACUCCAGGAAAGAUCUCGCAGUCUAUUGAUUAUGCAAAGUGGUGUCUUGCCGAUAUAUCAAGUACGCUGAAGUUGAAAUCACCGAAAGAGCUUUUCCGACUGUUCUCGCGUCAGUUGCUCUACACCUGGAUGGAACAUGAUUUCAUUAACGACAUCCCCUUUGCUAUAUUCGGGUUUGACGAUUUGGAAGAUCUCUUGCGAUCUGCUCAGGCGGAGGCUAUUGCGUUGGCGGUCAUGCGAACUCAGGAGUCAACCAUUGCUGUUUUAGCCAAUUUGCUUGGAACGACCGAAGGAGAUUUGAUCAAGCGAAACUUUUCCACCGCCUUGUCGUACAGCAUGGCCUAUGGAGAUGCCUUCAGUGAGACCCGUAAUGAGAAGGGCGAAGAUUACAUUCGAAAAAAGAUGGGAGGUAAAAGCUACGUGGAAGCAAUAUACAUCAAUCUUGUUGAUACUAUUGCAACAUUUUUUGAUCUAAUCGACCAAGAAGAUAAUCUUGAAAAGAUUUUUCGAAAACACGAAGACAUCUCCUAUGCAGCAGACAAUCUGGAAGCGAUCAAGAAGUUGGCUUGCUCGUCCAGUAAGCUUCCACCGAAUCAGCAGCCCAUGUUUCGAGCCAAAUAUAUUAUUCACGAUAUUUUCAGGCUUUGCCAAGGCACCGAGUUCCAAUUUCAAGACCUGUGGACGCCUGCGUUGGUUCUGUCAGUGGCAAGAAGCUUGUUCAACACCGUCCACCCAGCCCUGGGCUCCCUCCACGCUUGCUCUGUUCUUCGAAAAGUCAGACUAUUCAUUUGCCUGGCAGGUCCAGUGGCGCUGGAAUCAUACUGCCUCGAAAUGUUACUCAACUCGGUUCGCGUUUUCAUAGUCGAUGCAGAAUGCGCUGACGACGCCCUGGGUUUGACCCAAUAUCUUUUGUCUGGGGGGCGAGAAUAUCUGACCCAGAAACCGUCCUUCCUCGCGGGAUAUGCUUUAUCUACUCUCGCUUCUAUACGCGUUUUUCUCGAGUUAAGCCAGUCCAGCACAACCCAAGAGAGCCAGUUCAAAGCCACAAUGAAUAAGACGCAAAAGUUCCACGAUUGGUUCAGUAAAUACUUGUCUGAAUACAUUUCACCCGCUUUUCAAGAUGACGAACAAUCUAAUUUAUUCAAGUCGAUAACUUACUCCGCAGCCCACAUAAGAUCAUCCGGCAACGCUGAGAAAGGUACAUCAGAGAGUAAACUACUUCUUGAUAUUCUGAGAGAUGGUGCCACUGGAAGUCGCUUGCUAAAUGAAUCAUCCCGCGAACUUGCGUUAAAGCUACUUUGCGGAGACUUCACGAUACCAGCCACAAUUCGAGAAGAUAUUGUCGAAACUGAUACUGCUGCUACUGAGCAGGCGUCAAGUGUGUGGAAAAGCUGUGAAGCGCAAGACCUUAGCAAAAAUUAUCUGUCUUGGGCAGGACGUGUUGUUGGCCGCUCGUUUGCUGCAUCUGGAGAUAUCCCAGAAGGUGUGCUUAAAGAAUCCGGCCUGAGUUUUUACGGACACGUUGCUCCAAGCCCCAAUGGAUCAGAGAUGGGGCUACUAUAUCUCCUGCAAGAUCUUACAGCAGACCAAAAUUCAAUGGUGGCUGGGUUGGCAGAGGCAGCACUACGGAAGGCAGUCUCGCAAGCGCUAGAACAUGAGGAUGAACCUUUGAUUGUCGCGUGUCAAAGAAGCUUAUCUGAGAGCCUUUUCACAGCCUCACAAUGGGGUAGCUUCUGUUCUCCAGAUAUGAAGGCUACACAGAACUCAAAAUUAGACGGCGGGCAAUCCGUCUGGGAAGACAAUAUUUCAUCUCCAAGCUGGCUGCGAAGGAUCAGUACUCAUUUGGCUUCGACUGUUUCAGAUUCAAUAUUGCUAUCGGUUUUGAGACCAAUCUUAACCGAGGUACCGGGGUUUACUGAAAAGGCGUUCCCUUUUAUUGUGCAUCUAGUUUUGUGUUUCCAACUUGAGCAACAGCAAGCGGCCAAACGACAAUUUUCAUCGGCAAUGAAGGAGUGGCUACGGGACGAAAGGCCAACGGCAACACAGAACCUGAAGCUGCUGAUUAACACCAUCCUUUACCUCCGCACGCAGGAGUAUCCCAAGGAGUCGUCUAUUGCAGAUCGAAUGCACUGGCUCGACAUAGAUUAUGCAGCGGCAGCCGCUUCUGCGUCUCGAUGUGGCAUGCACAAGACGGCUCUGCUCUUCGCGGAAUUGGCUUCCUCCGAGGUUUCACGAUCAUCUCGGAGAUCUUCGGCACACCGAGAACACGACAUUAACGACACACUGCUGACCAUAUUUGAAAAUAUUGAUGAUCCCGAUACGUACUACGGUCUACCGGAAGAUGCAAGCUUGUCAAAGGUUGUUGCUCGAGUGGAAUAUGAAAAUGAAGGAUCAAAGAGCCUUGCUUUUCGAGGUGCGCAGUAUGAUAGCCAUAUUCGCCUGCGGCGUCGAGAGGCAGAAACAGAUGGCCAAGCUCUCGUUAAAGCGCUGGGAACGUUGGGGCUCUCUGGCUUAGCUCACUCGAUACUUCAAACUCAGGAAAGUCUUGGGGUGAGCAAUCCAUCUGUUGACAAUACGUUUACCACAGCAAGGCGUUUGCAGAUGUGGAACUUGCCUGCGCCGGGAAAUUGUGAACACCACGCUGUAAUUUUAUACCAAGCGUACCAAAGUAUUCACAAUUCCACGGUCUUGUCAGAUGUUCAAAACGCCAUAUAUGAAGGCUUCGGUGGCAUUAUGAAAAACAUCGCGAAUUGCAACCUCAAUGCAACGGCUCUUAGGGGCCGGCUGGCCGCAUUAGCAGCUCUCACGGAACUAGAUGACAUGCUGAAUAUCUCUGACCCGUCCGAGAUUCCCAGCAUGAUAACAAAGUUCAAGAACCGCUCCGAAUGGAUGCGAAGUGGAAUGUACGGCGAUGUUGGUCAAGUUCUAUCUUGCAGAGAGACAUCAAUCAGUAUGCUUUGCCAGCAUAUCGGCUUGUUAAAACAUGCCAAGAUGUCAGCAGAUGUAUUACGGCAAAUGCAAGUGGAGUCAAUGAUUUUGUCAUCUGGAAUCUACCGAUACCACCAAGCGACUCAGGAGUCCCUUAAUAUUGCAACUGCACUCUCUGAUAUGAUUCCAUUAUGCGAACAUUUGAAUUUGCACGUUGAUGCCGCCAUCAAAAUUGAAGUCGCCAAUUCACUAUGGGAUCACGGUGAGAUGGGAACCUCAAUUCGUAUGCUACAAGCAAUUGACAAGGAGUCAUCGCUACCAAAACAGAGCAUUCGGGUCAAUAGGUCCGACCUCUUUUCCAAGAUUGGACACAAGGUGUCCCUGGCUCGCCUGGAAAACCCUCACGACAUUCAAAAAACUUAUCUUGCGCCAGCUCUGAAGGAGUUAAAACGAGAAGGCAGCAGUGAGGCGGGAUCGGUCUAUCAUCAAUUUGCUACCUUCUGCGAUGAACAACUGCAGGACCCAGACGGGCUCGAGGACUUGGCAAGAUUGCAAAAUUUGCGCGCAGCCAAGAACGAUGAAGUCAAGGAUCUCAAGACUCUUAUUGACUCGACCAAAGACAGUCAACUAAAAGCCAAGUAUGCACACGUCCUCUCCAAAGAGAAGCAGUGGCUAGAGCUUGACGAGAAGGAGUUGAAACGAGUAGAGCAAACACGAAGUGAGUUUGUUCAGCUUAGCUUGGAGAAUUAUCUGCUCUCGCUUAUCUCAUCGGAUGACUGGGACAAUGAUGCGCUGCGUUUCACGGCAUUAUGGUUAGAGAGGUCUGCUGAGGAUUCAACAAAUAAGGCCGUCAUGAAACAUUUGUCCCUUGUCCCCACGAGAAAGUUUGCACCAUUGAUGAAUCAGCUGACCUCUCGGCUUCAAAGCCAGGAGGGUGCAUUCCAAAAACUGCUCUUUGAGCUCAUUUACACCAUCUGUGUUGACCAUCCCUACCACGGGAUGUAUCAGAUUUGGUCAGGAACGAAAGCUAGAGCUCAGCAGAAAGAUGACGUGGCUGUACAGAGAGUUAGAGCAACAGAGAAAGUUGCGCAAAGACUCUCCGCAAACAAGUCAGUCGCCAAUAUUUGGUUAUCAAUUGAUAAGACGAGCAAAUACUACCACGGCCUCGCAAUGGAAAGAAACCCUAACAAGUACAAGUCUGGAGCCAAGAUUCCGCUUAAGGAUUCUGCAGCAGGCCAGUACCUGGUCAAUUACCUUGCACGAUAUCGUAUUCCUCCUCCAACAUUGCACGUUGAGGUCUCAGUCACCAAGGACUACUCCGAUGUUCCCUUUAUAUCCAAGCUGGAGCCCACAAUGACAAUUGCGUCGGGAGUCAGUGCACCAAAGAUCAUUACGGCUGUCGGCACCAAUGGGAUCAGGUAUAAACAGUUGGUCAAGGGCGGCCAUGACGAUCUGCGACAGGACGCAAUCAUGGAGCAAGUGUUUGCCGCUGUAUCUUCUCUUUUGAAGCUGCACCGAAGCACGCAACAAAGAAAUCUUGGCAUCAGGACCUACAAAGUCUUGCCACUUACGGCAUCAUCUGGUCUAAUCGAGUUCGUCCCAAACACGAUCCCGUUGCAUGAAUUCCUCAUGCCAGCACAUGAGAGAUACUACCCGAGGGAUCUAAAGGGUUCACAGUGCCGUAAAGAGAUUUUCAAUGUCCAGAACAGAACAACUGAAACGCGUCUGAGCACGUACCGCAAAGUGACCGACAGAUUUCAUCCCGUAAUGAGAUAUUUCUUCAUGGAGUACUUUGUCGAUCCGGAUGAAUGGUUCGUCCGAAGAUUGGCAUAUACACGGAGCACUGCAGCGAUUUCUAUGCUGGGCCACGUUCUUGGACUGGGUGACCGUCAUGGCCACAACAUUCUUCUAGAUUCCCGGACUGGUGAGGCUGUACACAUUGAUCUUGGUGUGGCCUUCGAAGCUGGCCGUAUUCUCCCAGUGCCCGAGCUGGUCCCUUUCCGGCUGACUAGAGACAUUGUAGACGGUAUGGGAAUCACCAAAACCGAAGGUGUUUUCAGGCGUUGCUGCGAAUUCACACUUGAUGCAUUGCGGGAGGAGCAGUACUCAAUCAUGACCAUUCUGGAUGUCCUGCGAUACGACCCUCUGUACACUUGGUCAAUAUCGCCGCUCCGACUAGCCAAGCUCCAGAAAGCCAGAGACGAAGAGGGCGGCGGAGAGGAGCCGGAACCUAGCGACACGGCAGAGGCAAAGAAGGCGAAAAAGCAAAAUGGUCGGACGAACGAGCCUUCUGAAGCAGAUCGAGCACUUGAGGUUGUGAGAAAGAAGUUGUCAAAGACUCUCAGUGUAACGGCAACAGUCAAUGACUUGAUUAACAUGGCUACAGAUGAGCGUAACCUGGCCGUAUUGUACUCUGAUCUGAACAUGUACAAACUCAAGCGCUCUUAUUUAAAAAUCCACUCAUUUUUCUAUACUGCCUACGUUUUCUUCGUUGCCAUCACGCUUCCCGAGUGCGCUUGCUCAUUAGAGCUAGUCAUUAGUUGCACAUUCUGCGUCUCGACAGAGCCAGCAACGUCGGACUCAAUUUCUCGCGAGACACCAUCAAUCCGUCCAUGGAUCAACACUCGCACCGCUCUGAAAGCACCUCGUCGCCGCUUUGGCAAUCCAACUAGAUGA